ACAUGUUCGUCGACAAGAAAGCACAACACAAAAGCAAAGAACCGUCUCUCGCACUCCCUCUCCCCCCUUCUCUCUCUCUCUCAGUAGAGAAGGUCAAAACCACCACACCGAACACCAUCCAAUCCAACUUAUUGCCGGAGCCUCUUCAAUUUCUCUCUUCGCCAGUUUACUCUUUAUGCUAUUUCCGAUCGCAUUCGCGCUGGCGACACUUCCUGUUUCCCGUUAACUUCCCGGUCGCCGGUGAAUUUUGGCAUAAACAUUUAUUAUUAUUAUUAUUAUGAAGAAUAACAGCAAGUCAAAUAGUAAUAGCAAGACAAACACUAAUCGCUUUCUUCCAAAUUCUUUGAAAUUCAUUUCUUCUUGCAUUAAAACUGCCUCUACCAGUGUCCGCUCUGCUAGCGCUUCCGUGGCCGCUUCUAUCUCCAGUGAUAAUCAAGACCGCAAAGACCAGGUGCUUUGGGCUUCAUUUGACCGAUUAGAGCUUGGACCAUCUUCCUUCAAACGUGUUCUCUUACUUGGAUACUCCAAUGGUUUUCAAGUCAUUGAUGUUGAAGAUGCCUCUGAUGUCGUUGAGCUUGUAUCAAAGCGUGAUGACCCAGUUACAUUUUUACAGAUACAGCCCCUCCCUGCCAAAUUGGACGGCCGUGAAGGAUUCAGAGCAUCGCAUCCUUUACUCUUGGUUGUUUCAUGUGCUGAAUUGAAGAGCUCAGGUCCAGUGCUUGGUGGGAGAGAUGGGUUAGUCAGAGAUGGCUAUAAUGAGCCUCAAGUGGGAAACCUUUCCAUUUCUCCUACUACUGUGCAGUUUUACUCGCUAAGAUCUCAUAAUUAUGUUCAUUAUCUGAGAUUUCGUUCAACAGUUUUUAUGGUUAGAUGCAGUCCGCGAAUAGUGGCUGUGAGCCUAGCAACACAAAUAUACUGUUUUGAUGCCCUGACUCUGGAGAACAAAUUCAAUGUCCUCACUUAUCCUGUCCCUCAUCUGGGAGGCCAAGGAAUGAAUGGAGUUAAUGCUGGAUAUGGUCCAAUGGCUGUGAGUCCCAGGUGGUUAGCUUAUGCUUCUGACAAUCCGCUGUUGUCAAACACAGGCCGGUUAAGUCCACAAAGUCUUACUCCUCCACUGGGUGUCAGUCCAUCAACUUCCCCAAGCAGUGGAAGUUUGAUGGCUCGUUAUGCUAUGGAAUCCAGUAAGCAGAUAGCUACUGGGUUAAUAAAUUUUGGAGACAUGGGCUACAAGACUCUGUCUAGAUAUUGUCAAGAUCUUAUCCCAGAUGGUUCUAGUUCUCCUGUGUAUUCAAACUCCAGUUGGAAAGUUGGUCGGGGUGCAACACCUUCUGCAGAAACAGAUAAUGCUGGAAUGGUGGUUGUGAAAGAUUUUGUAUCUGGAGUUGUGGUAUCACAAUUUAGAGCUCAUAAUAGUCCAAUUUCUGCUCUUUGUUUUGAUCCAAGUGGUACACUUUUGGUAACUGCAUCCAUUCAUGGGAAUAACAUAAAUAUUUUUCGGAUUAUGCCAUCCUUCUCUCACAGUGCGUCAGGCAGCAAGAGCUAUGAAUGGAGCUCUUCUCAUGUGCACCUUUAUAAGCUCCAUCGAGGCAUUACAUCAGCUGUGAUACAAGACAUUUGCUUUAGUCACUAUGGUCAGUGGAUUGCCAUUGUUUCAUCUAGGGGUACUUGCCAUAUUUUUGUGCUUUCUCCUUUUGGUGGUGCGAAUGUUCUUCAAAUUCACAAUUCACAUGUGGAUGGGCCUAGCCUUUCACCAAUUUUAUCUUUGCCAUGGUGGUCUACUACUUCUUUCUCAGUAAACCAGCAAUGUUCUUUUGCAUCACCGCCAUCAGCUGUUACCCUCUCUGUGGUGAGCAGAAUAAGAAGUAAUAACACUGGUUGGCUCAACACAGUUAGUAAUGCUGCAUCUUCUGGGGCAGGAAAGACCUCAGUUCCAUCUGGUGCUAUUGCUUCUGUUUUCCAUAGCUCUGUGUCUCGAGAUAUGCAACCUUCUCACUUGAAAAAUGCUAAUGCUUUGGAGCACCUUUUGGUCUACACUCCUUGUGGUCAUCUAGUUCAGUACAAAUUGUUAUCAUCAGUAGGGAGAGAAUCAAGUGAAGUUGCUUCAAGAAUUGGACAAGGGUCCUUAGUGCAGAUACAAGAUGAGGAAUUACGAGUGAAUGUUGAACCUGUUCAGUGGUGGGAUGUUUGCCGGAGAGUGGACUGGGGAGAAAGAGAGGAAUGUAUUUCUGGAAUUACUCUAGGCAGGCAAGAAACUGCAGAAUUGCCCAUGGUAACUUCGGAUUGUGAAGAUAAUGAUAGUGAGCAGCAUGUAGAAUCUUUAAAGUCGCAUGAGCCGUCUCAUUUAUAUCUUUCUAACGCAGAGGUGCAGAUGAGCUCAUGGAGGAUGCCAUUUUGGCAGAAUCCCAAGAUGCAUUUCCAUGAGAUGAGUCAUCUUGAGACUGCAGAACAGAAUUUCAUUGAAGAUCAUGCUGGUGGAGAGAUUGAAAUAGAGAAGGUUGGAGUUCGAGAGGUUGAAAUUAGGCGGAAGGAUUUAUUACCUGUUAUUGAUCAUUUUAACAGAACUCUCCCUAAUUGGACUGACAGGGGCCUUAAUGGUGAAAGAUACAUAACUUCUUUGGCUGGUUCUCAAGAAGCGAAAGACUCAGAAGAUGUUAUUUCCCACUCUAAAUCUGUCUCGGCUGGCUCAGUUGCAAGCUCUGAUGGUGGAUCUUUAACAAAGUUUUAUCCACUCGUUAUCCAAUCUGAAAAUGGUACUGCUGGUGAAGGAAGGUUUUCUGUUGCAGCAUCAUCCAUCGAGUGCAAAAGUUCUAUUAACAAGGAUAGCAGUUCAAUUUCUUCCAAACAAUCUCAAGCGGGUUUCUCCCCUGUGGAUUUUAAUUCUAUGGAUAGUAAUGUAACAUCUUUAACCAAUAUCUCAUCUUCCACUGGAAGAACAAUUGCAAAGGAAGUUCAAUCAUCAAAUGGGGUUGUAAUUAGUGAAGCUUCAAACACAGGCUCCAAUUGUUCCAACUUGAGUAUGAACAUUAUAGAUGAAGGGCCAGCUAAUGAAUCAUUGGAUUCUGGGCUUUUUUUUCAGGAGGGUUACUGUAAAGUGAUGCCCUUAAGCGAAUGUCCUGAAUCAACAGAAGUCAGUUUUCUGGACAACAACAUUAGUCCUUGUGAUUUAGAAAAAUCUGAAGAUGGCGACAACGAUGAUAUGCUUGGAGGUGUUUUUGCUUUCUCUGAAGAAGGUUGAUAUCUGUCUUCCCACUUUCUUGUUCUGCUGAAGUAACUGCACCUCCAUUUCAUUCAAAUUUUUGGCAAAUGCCAAUCGAAUGGAGGGUUAGAUGCUAAUUGACAAAAGUUGCAGGUAAUAUCCUCUCAACAUUGCAUUGGGAACGUUACUGACUGAUUAAUACGAGAUGACUGCUAGUGCUCAUGCCUAGCUUCUUCCCAUCUAAUUCUCAUGUACAUUCUGUAAAUUGAUAUUCAUAAUAACAAUGAUUUGUGUGGAAAGGUUCAUUCUGUGCUUUGUAUUCAUUAUUCAAAGAAAAAGAAAAUAGAAUAAGAAAAUAAAGAUAUUAUUAUAACUCCACAUCAGUUUUUUUUGUCGGUUCAGGUAUUUGUAAGAUGCAUGGAAUUGUUGACACCUGUUUUUUUAAUUGUUCAUAUUCUCCUGUGUUUU